UUUAAUUUGAAGGGGGAGGGCUCCAAGUCAAGAUUCGAUGAUAGGUAGGCGUAGGGAGCCGCACGACACAUAACUGCACAUUGACGUCUACUUAAUCCCGUCUUUCCCUUUUCCAUGAUAUCUCCCGAGCUUUCGCCUUUCUUCGCGACCACCCUAACACCCUCCUUUUUUAUUUAGUUCUAUACGGCUCCUGCUCUUUAAAAAGUCUGCGUCACAACGCCUAGCCUUGCACUGAGCCAGGUCUCGGGAUGACAGCCUCCGAUUCAGGGGGCCGCACCAAGCUCGGUCUCGCCGACGAGAGAGUAGUGUCGAUUCCCGAUCGUGGAAACGAGGAAUACCUCAAGGAUUACCCUCCCCCGGAUUACGAGUCUCAUCUCGGGGCCUCGUCAGGUGUGGGAAGCCGCAAUGAACACAUCAAGGUCAUUGACGAUAUCGAUGCGAGACUUGAGGCCGCCAAGAAGCAUUACCCACCGAACGACUGUGGCCACUUUUUUAUUCCACGAGAUGUUCAGUCCGAAAUAUCGACACCUAAGCAAAUCGGAGUCAUAGUUGCAAAUCACGAAUCCUUCUCCAACCUCACCGGCGAGCAAAAAGAGAUCCUCGCUCGAGAAAUUUACGAGGGAGGAGUCACCUUCUGUCAAGCUCCAUGCCGGAAGCUCUUUACAGUCACUAUCGGAGCCGAACUUCUGGACCACCUCUUGGAACUAAUCCUCGACGGCAUGACAGACUCGUGUCUGCCACUCAGGUUCGAUUCUGAUGCCGGUUGCCAGUUGCGCUGUCAAGUCUCCACGCAUCAGCACCCUGCCGUCAAGAAAAUCAAGCCAAAGCAUCGCGGAUCGCUCUGCCAAUGGACAUACGCCGUGUCGGCAAUGUAUCUCAAGAAACCUCCCAAGGGCCACGCGCACUACGUCUUGGAUAGCAACGAUGUCUUCCCCUUUAUCCAGCUGGAGGAGCGGGGGCCGUCGGAGGCAAGGCAAACACAGCAGAGCGGCACGAAAAAGGGAUAUCAACGGGUCCCCGACAGCACGGAUGGCGGGUUCGGCCAGGUUCAGCGCAUAAGUAUCCACGGGAGCCAUUUCAACUUCGAUCCUGAACUAAGUCCCUGCCCUAGCCCUCAGACCUUCGCACUCAAGAAGCUAUUCUCCUCGGAUCGGGAGGGCUUUGACAUUGAGCUGGCGUCUUUGCUCAGUUGCCUGAACCAGGAAGACAGGCACCUGAUCAAAUUGCUCGCUACCAUUGAGGUCAAAACGUCCGUAGGGAUAUCGAUCUUCUACUUCGUUUUCCCGUGGGCCCAGGGAGACCUGUGGCACUUCUGGAAGAUGCACGACAUCCUCAGCGAGCGGGAUCACCGGUGCCCGUGGAUGAUGGAACAGUGCUACCAACUCGCUAAGGGUCUGAUGUAUGUCCACAAUGAGCGGCCUGCUCUUAGGCGGUUCAAGAGCCUAGACGUAAAUUCCGAUCUCUACGGCAGGCACGGGGACAUCAAGGCCGACAACAUCCUCUAUUUCAAGGCGGCAGACAAGCUCGUCAUUGCCGACUUCGGCCUCGGACGUAUGCACACCAAAAUAUCCCGGUCAAACGUCGAUCCCAAGACGCUCGAGAAAACAGCAACUUACCGCGCGCCCGAGUUUGACACGCCGCACGGCAAGAUUUCCCGGGCCAGUGACAUAUUCUCGCUGGGCUGCGUGUUCCUCGAGUUCGUGACGUGGUACCUGCUAGGCUGGGACGCCGUCAACGAGCUGUUCCCAACGUACCGGCAGGACAUAGAUAUCUACGGCUUCUUGUCUGACACCUUCUUCAGCAUCGGCGAGUCGGAGACGCCGGAGGUCAAGCCCAAAGUCCGCGAGUGGGUCUGGAAACUUCGGAAAAGUGACCGUUGCAACCCCUGCAUCCUACAGUUCCUCGACACGAUCGAGGGCAAGAUGCUCCACCCCGACCCGAAGGAGAGAGUCAAGUCUGGUCCACUGGUCAGAGAGUUGGAGCUUCUGACUACGACAUGUCGGAGAGACUCGAGCUACUACAAAGAGGAGGCUCACGCAUCUAGUCCGUGAUAGGUUGCGUUCGUUUUCGUAUUGCCUUGUGCCAGACCUUGUUAUUGGAUAUGUGUGCACGAAUAUUUCCAUUUCCCAAUUAUUGAUGUUAUGUACACCCUUUCCUUCUUGUAUCACGGGAUUUGGGGAGAGCUUUUCACGCUCGGGACAUUGAUCUAUUAGAUAACAGGUGUCAUAUUAUAACAACUAAAAUCUUCUUGGGGUGGGAUGGGUAACGAGGGCUAAACGGUCAUGUCGAGAUGGGAUGCGGGACGCAGCUCGCUCGGGAUCCUACGGGUUCGGCUCAGAUUUUAAUUUUAAUUUUAUUUUUAACUUAGACUAAUGUUGUUAGACCUCAAUGUCAAGAAAAAGGCC